AGUCUUCUGGUCGGAUGUUCAGAAUCAGAUGCGCUGAAUGAGGAGUACAAUCUCAUAGCAACCAAGCAAAAUGAAGACUCCAGUCGGUGUUCUCAGGCUGCCAAGAGGACCGGAGCCAAACAGUCGAGGGUUUGACCCAAAUUCUCCUCGUUUCCAGGCUCUCUGCCCCACAUCUCUGACCUCCUCAUCUUCAUCCUCCUCUGUGGACGUUGAAGAGCAGCGGCUGCGGGCGGAGCAGCGCGAGCAUUUUCUGCGGACUCUCCUCCUCAUGACGGACAAACGCGUCGACUUUCAGCUGCUGGAGAAGCUGCGCAUGCGCGGUCGGUUCGGCGCCUCAGACAUCGAUGUGCUGAAUUUUCAGGUGUCCGAUCUGGAGACUCCGCUCGGCGUGCAGAAAGAGGCUCUUCUCAGGUGUCACGAUAUUAUUUCCUGCUCGUUUGAACUGUAAAGAUUCCCAUCUCACCGCUAGAUGACGCUGGAGGACUCUGCUUGUUCCCGGACUGAAGGUUUAACGGGUUCAUGGAACUUUCUCGCCGGUUUCACUGGGGUUUUUGGUCACGCUGUGGUUUGUAAUAAAACGUUUGCAAUGUA